GGGAUAUUAGAACAAAUUUAUUUAGGAACAGUUAUUGAUUUAUAAGGACUUUGAAUGGGAGGUUCACAAAUAUUUGUCUUUGAGAGGGCUUGAUGAUAUAUGACGCUUUUGGUUGCAAUCUUGGUUUGGAAUUGUACCUCUGAAUCAUGCGCGGUACAUUUCCUGUUUAUCAAAUGAUGAAAUUCUUUGACUACGAGCAAUAGGCACAUAACCGUUCGAUUUGUUUGGUAUGUCGAUCCAGUCUUGGUGGAUAUGGUAGUAUCAUACAUUUUAGUUGAGACAUGGAUGUCGAUCAUUAUGCUGUUCUUGGGUUGCCUUCGGGUGAGGAAGGAUCCAAGCUCUCUGAGAAAGAGAUAUCUAAAGCAUACAGAGCAAAGGCUUUGGAAUUGCACCCUGACAAGAGGCCAGAUGAUCCAAAUGCCCAUGCUAAUUUCCAAAUUCUGAAGUCAUCCUACGAGAUUCUGAAGGAUGAGAAGGCAAGGAAAUUAUUCGAUGAUCUUCUAAGAGUAAAACGUGAGCAGCAUCGCCGACAAUCAGAGCGUGAUUCUAAGCGUCAGAAAAUGAUGACGGACCUUGAAGCAAGAGAGCGAUCUGCAUUUGCUCCCGACCCUGCUGCAAAAGAACUAGCAGAGGAAGAAAAAAUUGCCAAAAAGCUAAAGGAAGAGAUUGCUAGAAUUCGAGCUAUGCACGCGAAGAAAGGAGCACCCACAACAUUUCCACCAAAGAAGGAGACUGGGGGAGUUGGAAAGAAUAGCGAUGGUGAUCCUGGAUCUACAAUGGACAAAGAGAGGAUGCUUAAGGUUUCAUGGGAGAAGAUUGGCGAGGAUUAUACUGCAGAGAAAUUAAGAGAGAUGUUUUCGAAGUUUGGUGAGGUUGAAGAUGUUGUUAUUAGGCAUAAUAAGAANUUUUGGGA